AUGGUCUUUUCGAGGAUCUUCCCGAGCGAGAAGUCGGGCGGCGCGGAUUCGACUGUCCGCGCCGACCCUGAGGCCAGCGACUCUGAGCCGUCCAUCAUUCACGAUGGCGAUCUCGCGUAUACCAGGGUCAAGGGAGGCAAUGGCUCCAAGCCGUCGUAUCAGGAGGCUGUCGGUGCGCCUGUUGAAGCUGAUUCGCCGUUGGGGUACCAUGUUAAUUGGGUGGCUAUCAUUUUCUUGAAUAUCAAUAUGAUGGUUGGGACUGGUGUUUUCUCUACUCCUGCUAGUAUCCUCAACAGAACGGGCUCAAUUGGUCUGGCAUUGAUGUACUGGGUGAUUGGCUUCCUCAUGGCCUCGGCCGGUUUCAGUGUCUAUCUUGAGAGGUUGGGGGUGGGCAUUGCGUUGUGGUGGAUUUUCGCGUUUUUGUGGGUGCCAGAAACAGGGGGGUGCCGGGAAGUGGGGGGUUUGACUUACUUCCCCAACCGCAGCGGUUCGGAAGUCGUCUACUUGGAGCAGCAGUACCCUCGACCCAAGCACUUCUUUCCUGUUGCUUUUGCUGUCCAGUCUGUGAUCCUGUCAUUCAGCAGCAGUAAUGCAGUCGUUCUGUCUCGAUACCUGUGGAGAAUGGCUGAUAUUACGCCGUCGGAAUGGCAGAUGCGAGGCGUCGCUAUCGCAGCUUACACCUUGGCCGUCAUCUGCGUCCUCGCACACAACAGAUACUCCCUUUGGCUCGUGAACUUCAUUGGCGUCCUGAAGCUUCUCACUCUCGUCUUCAUCUCCAUAGCAGGUCUCGUAGUCCUAGGCGGCAACGUCAAACACAUCCCGGACCCAAAAGCAAACUUCCGCAACGCCUUCGAGGGCACAACCAGCAACGGAAACGACCUCUCGAACGCCCUCGUCAGCAUCAUCUUCUCGUACGCGGGCUACUACAACGCCUUCAACAUGACCAACGAGAUCAAGAACCCGAUCCCCACGCUCAAGAAGAACGGCAUCAUUUCGCUGCUGACGGUCGCCAUCCUCUACAUGCUCUGCAACAUUGCCUACUUCGCCGCCGUGCCGAAGGCCGAGUUCAAGGGCGCGAGCGAGAUUGCGGCCGCCGUGUUCUUUUCAAAGUUGUUCGGCGGGAGCAAGGCUGCUGCGAAUGUUUUGAAUUUCUUGGUCUUGUUGAGUGCUUUUGGGAAUUUGUUGGCUGUCUUGAUUGGAUCUUCGCGUAUGAUUCGUGAGAUUGGCCGACAAGGUGUCCUUCCAUUCACCAACUUUUGGGUCUCGACUAAACCCUUUGGAACUCCAUUGGGUCCGUACAUGUUGAAGUGGACAAUGACCUUCAUCAUGAUUGUUGCGCCCCCUGCUGGCGAUGCCUUCUCUUUCGUCGUUGACCUGGCCAGCUACCCCAGCGCAAUCUUCAACUUCGCCAUGACCUUCGGCGUCUUCGUCCUCAGACGACGUCGUCAGCGCUCCGGCAUCAGCCGCUCCGAGUUCCGCGCCUGGGACUUUGUCGUCCUCUUCUUCCUCGCCAUCCAGGUCUUUGUGCUGGCGAUGCCGUGGUGGCCGCCAAAAGGUGGCCCGUACGCAGGAAGUGUCAGCUUUUGGUACGCCACGUACUGUGUCGUGGGUAUCGGCAUCAUCCUUCUCUGCAUUCUGUACUACGUCUUCUGGAUGUACGUCCUCCCCCGCUGGUUGGGAUAUGAGAUCCGCACGGAGAUUGUCGAGGUCGAUUCCAACGGUGCCAACACGCAUCGCCUGGUCAGAGUUCCCAAAGCCGAGGUUGCUGCAUGGGACGAGGUGCAUGACGAGGCUGGCAAUUUGAGGCGGCGACACGUUACUACCGAGCUUGAUUCCGGCAACUCCAACGAAAAGGGGCUUUGA